UUAAAAAUUCUUAAGUAACGAAUAUGAAUCCGACCGAAGUGGUAAGGCAGCUACGAGAGUCGUCAUAGCCCAUGGGCUAUGCACUUUAGUAAUACAACUUAGAGGAAUAAUUAUUCCUAAACUUUUAUAUAGAUAGUGACAACUGUGAAUGCUCCAGUAGUGAGAUCUAUCUCACACAGCCCGAUUAGAAACCAUGAGUUGCUGCAAGAAGUAGUGCAGACUAGACAUGAGCUGUCUAAACAGCAAUGUGAGCAGCAGCAUUAUAUCUCAAGUCUUCGAUAUCAACUUGAGAAGGAGACUCAGAAAGCAGUUCACACUGCGAAUGCUGAAAAAUACCAUUUCACUUAUGAAAUCAGAGGACUUGAAGAACAGAAGGAAGCCAAAGCCCGUAUGAGAUGUGGAGAUGAGGAAAGAAUGGUAGUUCGAAGGAAAUGCUUUGAUAAUGAAGUAGCCACUCUUAUGAAAAACUUCGAUCAAAAUGUAGCCUUGACUAAAGACUGACAAGAGAAAAUGGCUCUUGAGCUUAAAACAAGAGAGGCUGAUCACCAUAGAAAUAUGGACAGCACUCGUGAUGGGUACGAAAAACGUAUUGCAAACAUGAGACUCGACCAUGACCGUAUGAUUGAAGAAGAAAAGAAAGAGAUUGCUAGAAGAGAAGAAGAACUUGAUCUAUUCAAUCAAAAAUUCCUCCCAGAUGAAAAACUCAAAGGCGAGGACGGUGUCUCUUUUAUGAAGGACAAGAUCAGACAACUUAAGAUGGACCUACAAGGUUUGAAUGAUCAAUUUAAUGUUGCUGUUGAUCGUACGAAGAGACAAAAUGAUGAAAACCAGAAGAUCCAUGCACAAAAUGCUCUGAUAAAUAAACUAAAGGUCAAAAUUCAGAAGAAAGAGACAAGAACUAGGAAGCAGAAUCAAGUCUAUAAGGAUGUCAUUAAUAAGCUAGAGAAGUUUGGUUAUGGCUAUCAGAAGACCUUCAAGAGCAAGACCACUGGAAAUUUAAAAAGACAAGUUACUACAAAGAAAGGCAAGAAGAGAUCUAAGUCUCUCAUCAAGGCCAAAGACAAGGUUGGCAUUGAUUAUGCCAUAGAAGAUCCUAGGAAGUACAGAGAUAUGUCCACGAAUGCUGACACUCACCCUAGAAGAGGGAGGAGAGGUGUUCCCAAGAAAUAUAGAUCAUUUAGUAGGAGCCUCACAGGUAGUAGACCCUCUAAAGCCAAGAAUGGUAAGCCCUACAAAACUUUCAAAACCAAGCCAACCAAUAUAAAUCAAGUGCUUAUUAGAGCUCAUGACCUUACUGGAGAUAAGAGGGCUAAAUCUAAAAAGAAGUUCAAAAAGAGAUAA